GAAGGUUUUCAGAGGCGUGGAAAGUAUUGCUCCUCCUUCGACUUUAACUCAGAUUAACACAGACAGACGGACAGACAGACAGACAAGCAGGGUCAUUCCCGGACGUUAGCCCAACAGUGUCAAGAUGGACCUCGGAUGGAGUGUUAGGAGAAACGUGGCUCCUCUUCAUUUAUUCUUAAACCCUUGCUUCUGUGUUCUCGGGAAUGCCACGAGGCUUAUAUCUUUGGUCCCUGGGAGCUGCGGUGGAUGGGCAUUUGUGACAGCACUAUGAGACUGAAUACAUUUCUCCUUGCGAUGGCCGUCCUGCUCUAUGGUGCUGAGUCCACUGUGAAGAGUCGGGCAUAUUUCAAUGAGACUGGAGAUCUUCCAUGUCACUUUAUAAACUCUCAAAACAUAAGUGUGGAUAACCUGGUAGCCUUUUGGCAGGACCAGGAUAAGCGGGUUCUGUAUGAGCUAUAUGGAGGGAAAGAGAACCAGAAAAAUGUUCAUCCUGCAUAUAAGGGCCGCACCAGCUUGGACCUGGACAAUUGGACCCUGCGACUCCACAAUGUUCAGAUCAAGGACACAGGCUUGUACCAGUGUUUCAUCCAUCACAAAGGACCCCACGGACUUGUUUCCACCCACCAAAAGAGUUGUGACCUAUCCGUGUUUGCUAACUUCAGUCAGCCUGAAAUCAUCCCAAUUUCUAAUAGAACAGAAGAUUCUAACAACAUGAAUUUCACCUGCUUAUCUACACAUGGUUACCCGGCACCCAAGGAGAUGUAUUUUCUGCUAAAAACUAAGAAUUCAACUACUAAGUAUGAUACUGUCAUGAAUAUACAUCAAAAUAAUAUCACAGGACUGUACACUGCUUCUAUCAGCUUGUCUCUCCCAGUGUCUCCUGAAACAAAUGCGAGCAUCUUCUGUGUCCUGCAACCUGAGCCAACACAGACACAGCUUGUCUCUGAACCUCACAACAUAGAUGCAGAUGCAAAGUCACCUAAGCCACCACCGCGUCCCCCAGGACAUGACACUCUGAUUGCAGUUCUACUUUUACUGUUGUUGCUCAUUGUGUGUGGGCCGGUGCUUUGUUCAGUACUAAAGAACAAGAAGAAGAAGCAGCCUGGCCCCUCUCGUGAAUGUGAAACCACUGAAAUGGAGGGAGAAGAGAGUGAACAGGCCAAGAAAAGAGUAGAAAACCGUGUACCUGGGAGAUCUGACGAAGCCCAAUGUGUUGUUAACAUUUCGAAGACAGCCUCAGAUUUUGUGGGCCAAGCCCACCUGACUGGCUCCGGGCUCAGGAAUAAUAUUUAGGGCAACAUCUCCUGUUUCAGAGUUGGCCUCUUUGCUUAAUUUUAAUUUUACAAAUUAUGUUUUCUGUAGCACUCCCAUUCCUAAGAUAGUGACUUCUGUCUACUGUGAAUUCUAAGAUAGUGAGUGCCUCAGUCCAUCUUGUGUACUUGUGACUGAACACACCUACCUCUUCAGUUUGAGCGGGAGCUACAUACUGUAUGGCUUUAUCGUGUUAAUAUUAAGAUUUUGAAAUGUAGAAAUGUGUACUAUAAUAAUGUAAUUACCAUGCCCUGAGUCAAAGCCAUCUGCUAAGGAGUUCUUGUCCUUCUGUGAGGGUCAGUCAGUAAGGAAAACAGUGGCCUAGUGCGCUGAUAACAAUGAGCAGACGAACUCAAAAUUUGGGAGUCUAGGAGAGACGGACCUGGAAACAGCUCUAGACCCCGGAGCCACUUCUGUAUGGGCUGUUGCUAACAUUGAGGAGGAUCUGCAUACCUAACAAGCUAUUGAUAAGCCUUAGCAGAGCGCGCUGGAUUGUGCGUGAGCCCAACUUCUCUUCUUUAAAAAACUGACUGAGAUAACGACCUGGGCAACUAUGCAAGAGCCAAUAGAGAGAUCACAAUAUUCAAACGAGAAGAAGAAGAAAAAAAAGAAAGAUCUUGGCGAAUAGAAAUGCACAUGAACGUCCAGUCUAUCCAGUCCUUCAACAAGCCUUGGGACAAGCAACAGAUGGACAGUCUGUCCAAAUGGAUGUAAAACAGAUAAUAGUGUCCUGGGUGAGGGGUUUUGAUGGUGCCCUGGACAUUGUGAUGUUUUACCUGGCUGGAAGCAAAGCUUGGGAGAGAGCGCCAUCAUCUUGAUAAUGGGAUGAAUGGAAGGAGGCUUAGGACUCUUUCAACUAAUGGCCGAGAGACAAAGAGCUGGAGAGAAAUUAGGAAGACCAGAAUGUAAAUCAUCCAGAAGCUGAUUUAAGCUGCAGAUGCCCUAAGGAGAUAUCAGCUGGCCCAGAACAGUGCUAGUGAGCUUUUCUCUGAGGACUGUCUAUGCACGUCAUUCUCAAUGGCAGGAAAACUAGGUGCAGGAGAAGAAUAUAAUAGCCCAGUGGAAAUGAGUUAGGAGACCCUGGCUUUAAGGCAGCAUCACUAAGGGAUGGAGCAGCCUCAGUCCAAAUCUAAAGAGAACUUUGGGAGGCCCAAGCUACAUAGAUAGUUCUGUAGACCAUAGAGGGCUGCAGACAGCUGUGCCAGUCAUGCUCGUCCUUGUAACAUUACCAUUUGUGUGUUCUGCCCAUACCCUGCCUUCUUUAGGCUCUAAGCAUCUUGUUAGUUCCUAACGUGUUUUGUACCAAGUAACUAUCAAUAAAUUCUUAUCAAAUUGA